AUGAAGCUUCAAAUUCGAGAUAAGGAAGCAGAAAGAGAUCAUGUCGACCGUGGUGACCCACUAAAUGUGUUUGAUAUUGCUGCUGAAGAUGAUGAUACAGAGGGUAACCAACUUUAUCAAUGGAUAAGACCUCUUCAUGUAGAUGAUGAUGAAGGCUACCUAGCUCUAAGAGUUGCUGAAGAAGAACGUAAUGAAGGGAUAAAUGUAGAAAGAGUAUUAGAGGAGGAGGUGGGAUCUAGCAGCAUUGACUCUUUGGAAGAACUUUUGCGCCCAAGACCAAGAAAUAGAGGAAUUCCUCCUUCUUCCAAUCCUACACAACCACAAGAUCCUGCUGAUACUAAUGAUAGCUCUAGUACAAGAUCAGGAGACUCGCCUACCACUGGAGGUGGGAAUGAUGAAGGAUAUAGUGGAGCUGGAGGUAGUGGUGGAUAUGGAAACUACGUUGGACCCCCUCCUGGAUUUAUGAGCCCCUUUACUGGUGAGGCAAACUUCACGCAUGCAACACAAGAUGAGGACCAUGGGAGUAGGCGGGGAGGACCAGGAAUUGGUGCCAUAGGGAAGGACUAUACUCGUAGAGAAAUAGGCAAGGCGAUUUUGUCAAGUCAAGAAGAUGAUUCGUUAUCUAUAACUUCAUACUUUAUUGGAGUGGGAAGUAGUAACUAUGAUUAUACUCAUAACCAACUAUUUCCCUACCCUUCAUAUCCCAUUCCUUUUGGGAAGGAAUCGAGCAGCUCAUGGAAAGAAUCUGAGACUCAAUCUUCAAAUGAUUUUGCUCAUGGACAACGUCAACCAAUCUCGGAUCCAUAUGGGUGA